AUGGCCCCAAAUGCGAUAACACCACCCCUCAAACUCUCCUUAUUAUUGCUUCUAGCCAUUUCUAUAAGCACACAAUCACAACCUCACCAGCUCAAAGAAACCAACAUGACCCUAUAUUUCCAGGACGUCUCGGCAGGACCCAAUGCCACCGCUGUCCCGAUCACCGGCAUCCCCGGCCACCUCUGGACAUUUGCCAGCUUUGGAACUGUGUAUUGCACUGACGAUCCAAUGACCGAAAGCAUCGAACAGAGCUCGGCUCAAGUUGCGAGGGGCCAAGGCAUCUAUGUGACCUCGGCAUUGGAUGGUUCAACUACACAUGUAUUGAUAUCGAUUGUAUUCACCAACGCAAAAUUCAAUGGUAGCACCUUGGAAAUACAGGGUGCUAGUCAACAAUUUGAGAAAAUGAGAGAGGUUGCUGUGGUUGGUGGAACCGGAAAAUUCCGAUAUGCAAAGGGCUUUGCUACCCUUAUGACGGUUUAUUUGGAUACCACAAUUGCCUAUGCUGUUAUUCAAUGUAAUAUUACUGUACAACAUUACUAA